AUGUGGACUUCUGAGUAUCUUGCUGGAAAUGAAGAACUUCCAGAAGAUCUGAUACUGGUGAUGCAUCUUCUAUUGUUAGCUCUUAAGUUUUCCAUUAUGUUUUCUUGCUCUUAUAUUUGGCUUGAAGGACUAGCCUCCAAAGUCCUUGAUUUGGAUAAUGAGAAACAAGAUGAAUCUCUUCUGGAAGAUGUCUGGACUUUGUUUAGGGCUGGCAGACUAGAGGAGGCAUGUGAUCUUUGCCGGUCUGCUGGACAGAGAAUUGCAGAGCAAGAUGGUGGGAAAUAUGAAAUGGCAGUAUAUGCACCCCAGUGUAGUAACUUGAAGCGUAUUCUUCCUAUUUGUACAGACUGGGAGAUAAUGGAUCAUCCAAAUCAACCUAUUGCCCAGGAUGCUACUGUUGUUCGCCCUUCUACUAUCCAAGACCCUAUUGAUAAUCCUUCAAAACCACCUAAGGUGCGUGCAAAAGGUACUGGGAGAAAACCUUCAAGGGCAUGGGAUCAUUUUGAUAAAAUCAAGGCUGAAGAUGGGGUAACUAGGGCUGUUUGUAAAUAUUGUCAAAAGGAGUAUUUGGCUGAUUCGAAGGGGAAUGGGACAAGCAACUUGUUAAGUCACUUGACUUCUUGUCGAAAAUAUCCUCACAGAGAUGUGGAUAAUAAUGGACAACAAACUUUGUCUUUUCAGUCCAAAAAAGAUGGAGACGAGGGUAUUAAUCUUGUGGCAAUGAGCUUUAGUGUAGACGCUGCAAGAAGAGCUCUUGCUGAGAUGAUGGUGCUUGAUGAAUUACCUUUUAGGUUUGUAGAAGGUGAAGGGUUUAAGAGAUUUUGCACCGUUUUGCAACCAAAGUUUAAGAACAUUCCAUCUCGUGUUACCAUUGCUAGAGACAUUGUAGGGAUUUUCAACAAUGAGAGGGAUAGGUUGAGGAAAGUAUUGAAAGGGCGUAGGAUUUGCCUUACCACUGACAUGUGGACCUCAAUUUAAAACUUAAACUAUAUGUGUCUCACAGCCCACUU